ACCCUAAAAGUGUUCCCAACUCAUCGCGUUUCCCCUCGUCGACGGUUUCCGGCCGGCUGUUGUUCCACUUUUCUCUCUCUCUCUCUUCUCGUGAAAAUUUCUUACCCUUCAUCAAAUUAAAUCGAGAAAUGGAAGGGCGUCAUGCAUCUCUCGGCCGGCGAACGUUGGAAGAAAUUCGACAGAAGCGAGCAGCAGAAAGAUUGAGCAAGGCCUCUUCUGGACCGGAUCUCACCAAAACUCCCACUGAUGAUAUGGGGAUUAAGAAAUCAGAAAGCGCAAAUCGUUUAUCUGAGAGUGAUAUCAGUGGUUUGGUGUCACAAUUGAAAGAAAUGCAACAAAGGAACUCAAAGCUGGAGGGGACAAACUCGGAAUUGACAUCAUUGCUGCAGAGGAAGGAGGUGGAUAUUGAUGUGCUGCAGAAGCGUCUCGCUGAUCUGGAGAGUACAGUGCCCUCGCUGAGGAAAGCUCUCAAGGAUGUUGCUAUGGAGAAAGAUGCUGCAGUUGUUGCAAGGGAAGAUCUCUCUGCCCAGCUUCGUGCACUAAAAAAACGGAUGAGAGAAGCAGAAGAAGAACAGUACAGAGCUGAAGAGGAUGCUGCUGCAUUAAGGGCAGAGUUGAACACAUUGCAACAACAAGCAAUGCAAAAUCAUCCAGGUGACAUGGUUGCAAUGGGAUAUUCAUUUGACCAGAUUCAAGCCUUGGAGAAAGAAUUAUCCAACUUGAGGUCGAAGCUUGAGCAAGAGACAUUAUUGAGACAGCAAGAGCAUCAACACUUAGCAGAGGAGCAGGCACGAACAUCUGCCCUCAUAAUUCAGAAACAAGAGCUUGAAGAAAAACUCGCAUCUGCAUCUGAGAAGGCUUUAGACAGCAAACAAGGAGGAAACCAGCGUCCGUUUACCUUGGUGAGAAUUAUUUUGACUGAAAGGCAGGCAAAUUGGCAACUUGGGCGAGUAGUCCACCUGGAAGAUAAAGAGAGACUUGAGAAUCAAUUGCAUGAUAUGGCACUAGCUGUUGAGAGAUUGGAAAGCAGUCGACAAAAACUUCUAAUGGAGAUUGACUCACAGUCUUCUGAGAUAGAGAAAUUAUUUGAAGAAAAUUCGAGUCUCUCAUCUUCUUAUCAAGAAUCAAUAGGAUUAGCCGCGCAUUGGGAGAACCAGGUGAAAAACUGUUUACAACAAAACGAGGAACUUCGUAGCAUGUUAGAUCAGUUACGGAUUGAGCAAGCUAAUAUGUCAGGUCCCACUGGUAAAGUUCCUCCGGUAACUGAACAUGAGUAUGGGUCUGAAAUGUAUUCCCUUAAGGGCCAGCUAGCUAAAGAACAAAGCAGAGCAGAAGCGUUAUCCGCUGAGGUCAUGCAGCUCUCACUACGUCUCCAGCAAGCAAUACAAGCAUAUAAUGCUCUUUCCCGCCUCUAUAACCCUGUUUUGCGGAACAUUGAGAAUGGUCUUUUGAAGAUGAAGCAAGAUGGCUCACUUACUGUGCAGUGAUGAAAAGAACUUGGUUUUUGUAAUUUUUCCAGAUUGGAGAUAUUUAUUUGUUAAUAUUUUGAUGUUUAAGGUUGAUGGAUAAUUGGUUGAUAGCACUGCAUGAGAAAGUAUUUGUGUUCUUUGUACCUGGAAGAACAAAAAUUCUAUGGAGCCAUCGGAUGGUUUUUUUAUGGAGUCAUCCACUACUUAAUGUAUUGACACCUGUUCAAGUUAUAUUUAUUGCAGGACACGUGUCAAUACACUAUUGGUGAAUAAGUGUGGAUGACUCCAUAAGUCGAGUCAUUCGAUGGCUCUAUAGCAAAACUGCCUGGAAGAAUUAGUAAGUCUGUUUAAUUGACUUUUUGGUUGUGACAAACGAGAUUUGUUAUUCCUUCGAUUCCUUUGUUUUUGUCUUUUAUGGUUUUAAUGUUUGUAUGGG